UGAAAAUCGCGCGGUAUGGAAAGCAUGCGCAGUAGUUAAUUUACUUCAACGCCCUCAACUUCCGGAAGCGUUCCACUCUUUUUUAUUUAGGCGGAGUAAUAAGCCUACACGGUGGAUGAUAUUUUGUGCGUUAAAGGCAUUAAAUCAUCCUCAAAAUGUCACUGUCAACAGCGCGACCAGUAAUUACGGUUUAUAAUGAAAAGAGCGAACCAACGAAGGAAGUUAUUUCGCUUCCUGCUGUUUUCAAGGCACCAAUUAGACCCGAUGUGGUGAAUUUUAUUCACCAACAGGUGUCGAAAAAUAGCCGUCAGCCUUACUCAGUUUCCAGCAAAGCUGGACAUCAAACAUCCGCGGAGUCAUGGGGAACUGGACGUGCCGUUGCUCGUAUUCCACGUGUUCGAGGUGGCGGUACUCAUCGCUCUGGCCAAGGUGCUUUCGGCAACAUGUGCCGAGGAGGACGCAUGUUCGCACCCACCAAGCCCUGGAGACGCUGGCAUCGUCGAGUCAACGUUAAUCAAAAACGUUACGCUAUGGUCUCGGCAAUUGCCGCUUCGGGAGUUCCUGCUCUCGUCCAAUCUAAAGGUCAUCUUAUCCAGGAAGUGCCAGAAUUCCCACUCGUUGUUUCGGACAAAGUUCAAGGUUUGCAAAAAACUAAGGAAGCCGUAAUCUUCCUCAGAAGAUUUAAGGCAUGGAAUGACAUCGUUAAGGUGUACAAGUCACAACGAUUCAGGGCAGGAAAGGGAAAAAUGCGAAACCGUCGUCGCAUUCAACGUCGAGGACCUUUGAUCGUUUACGGACAAGAUCAGGGCAUCAGGAAAGCUUUCCGCAACAUUCCUGGCGUAGAUUUAAUGAACAUCAACAAAAUGAGUUUGUUGAAAUUGGCCCCAGGUGGUCAUGUUGGUCGCUUCGUAAUCUGGACGAAAUCAGCUUUCGAUCAAUUGGAUGCUUUGUACGGCACUUGGCGCAAGGAGGCUCAACUCAAGAAGGGCUACAAUCUUCCCUUCCCCAAGAUGGCCAACACUGAUCUUUCAAAAUUAUUGAAAUCCGACGAAAUCCGUAAAGUUCUCCGUGCUCCAAGGAAGAAGGUCCAUCGCGCUGUGAAGAAAUUGAACCCGCUCAACAACACCAGAGCUAUGUUGAAAUUGGAUCCAUUCGCGGCUGUUAAGAAGCGUGCUGCUAUCUUGAAAACAGAGAAAAGAGAGAACGAACGCGAUUUGGCUCUCGCUAAAAAGCGUGGCGUUGAAUUGCACCGUAGAGCACCGGCUGUAAGAGCAAAGAAACUGUUGGAGAGGCGCAAGAAACAAUUGGUUGCUUUGAAAGCAACGAAACCGAAGAAAAGUGUGAAACCUGCGGCGGCGAAACCAAGCAAACCAGUUAAAGCCACCAAGUAAACACACUUGUAAUUUUUAUUUACAUUCUAAUAAACGAAAAAAAAAUAAUGUAAA